ACCUCAUUAGCAUAAUUAAAAAAAUAUUCUAUUGUAUCCAGACUGAUUUUGUUUUUGUUCCCCACCAACCGAUUUAAUAAAAAAAAAAACGGGUAUGUGUAUGUGUUUAGCAGUUGUACGAUCUACGUAGAUGUUACAGUCAAUAUAAAUUUUAUCGCCAGUUAAUAUUCAAUAGUCUCUAGUAGUGUUAAGCAAUAUUUUUUUUUUUGUAUCUAAUAUUUAAGAUUUCUAGUGCAGUUUCUAGUCCGUCACCUUUAUUAGCAGUGUGUAUAAUUCAUUUUUAUUAUUAAGUGAAACAAGCCAGAAGUUAUUUUCUAGUAUAUAAAUAAUGAAAAUAUAUCGAGUAAACAAUCACAAAUAGGUAAAUAUGGUUUAGAUACCUACCUACCUAAUAUUUAUUUGUAAGAUUACAGUUACUUGAAAUACAAGUCGGUAAAUAGGUAAGUAUCAUUGGGGGUACCCAUAAUGGGCUUAUGGCAAAAUGUACUUGCCUACGUAAUUUACAACAUUGUCAAUAUAAAUAGUAAACAUUUGUAUUUUAGUUAUCGACUUCAUUUAUAUGCUAAAACUAUAACUAUAAGUACACAUUUAGAUACUUUCAGGUGUGUAUAACUUACCUAUAGGUAUAAUCACUUAUGAUUUUACAUAUUCUACCUGCUAAUCAAAACAUUAGGUUUAAUGUUUAAACAACAUUUUAAACUGUAGUACCGAACCGAAGUAACACCCUAGAUAAUAAUUAAAAUAUGUAUAGGCUAUCCUUAUCAAUAUUUCAAGAGAGACAUUUACAGCAAGAUUUAUAGAUAAUACUAUUUACUAAUAGUACUAAUAAUAAUAAUAGUAUAACCUAUAAACCUUGCGGGUACAGGAAGUUGUUACUCCAAGUUUCAUAAAGUGAGACGUUUUAUCUAUAAAGUAAUGAAUGAUAAAUCGUCUCACUUACAAUUGUUAUAGCAGUAGCCUAUCCAUUACUUUAUUAUCUAUGCGUAAUUCACGAGAGGAUAACCAUAUUUUACUAUUAAUAUCAUAGUCCACAACGGGAAAACUGGACGAAUUUCCAAUCAGUGGUUAUCAUUCAUAGACGUAAAACUAAUUGGCACGUAUAAAUAUCGUAACGACUAACGAAACCGUACAAUUUGAGUUCCCAUGCCCCACCCACCGUGGGAAGUAUGUCCGUAUUUUUUUUAUCCUUAAUUUUUUUUGUCCGACGACAUUUUUAUCCGAUUACUGCGUAGAUGAAAGCAUGUAUAUGUUGCGAUUAUGGACCAAUGGCCUUUUAAAAUCCGAAAGAGAAUUAGUGUGUUCUUUUUCUUGGAAAAAUUGUUGGGUUAUUAAAAAUGUUCCGAAUUUUCGAAUAUUACAAAUACUGAUUUUUGGGCUAUCGGUACUUUAGUUGAAAGAUAAAUGUCAGAUUCUCAACUGUUUUUCUCCCAAAUUAAAAAAAAACUGACAGUAAAAUAAUGAUGCAUAAUUUAUAUGUAAUCCAUUUGUUAUUGAUUUUGAUUUUUUAUUUUUGUACCUUUUAUUUAUUUUUAUUUUUUUCUAUCUCGACGAUAUUCAUUCUCGUGUAUGACUGAAGUUGUAUAAUUUUUAAGACUUUAUAAAGAACAAAAAUAUUUGGAUGAAACGAAUAAAAAUAUUUAAAAAAUGCUAAGAGAAACGACGCACAGGAAUAUGUGAUGUUAUAUCACCUGAUAUAUUACACGAUGUCCAAAGAUACGGUGGAAAGCUGUAUGUUCAACAUUAAAUAUAUCAACGAGAUAAUAAAAAAAUAUAUUAAUUCACAUUUUUAUAUAUUUAGAAAUCUAUUGGCGCAAUUAACAUACAAAUAUGUAUUACAAUCGAAUAUCGAUGGUCGCAAUAAUUGAUGUACCUAUACUUUUUUUUUUAUCCCAUCAUUUUUCUUAUUUACCUGGGAUUCCAGAGCAAUUAAUGUAUCACCAGCCUAAUCUACCUUUAUAACACAUAAACGGGUGCCUUCUUACUUUAAAAUUUUAACCCGAUUGACUAACGAUAUUUGUAUUUAUGUAUAUUUUUUUCUUUUUACGAUUACUUCAGUAUGGUUAUUACAAAUAACAUUUGUAUUGAAUUAAUAUUGUCACCAUCACUCAUCCAGAACUACCUUGCCAGUGUUAACAUAUUAUAUAUAAUAUAGUUUAAUAUUGCAUCUCGAAGUUCGGUGUCAUUUUAUACCAGUACUUACUAUACCUACGAAUACAGCAGUAUUAUUAUUUAAAAAAGUAACAUAUUAUAUAAUAUCUUUAAUUUAUUUUGUUAGCGUGCAUUUGUUAAAACAAAUGUAUACUAACAAAACUACUAAAAUUAUUAAAACCUGUUUUUCAAAUAUACUUAUACGGCCGUGACUAUUACAUUGGCGCAAGUUCACGAACAAAUAUUUUUCAAGGCCGAAUGGUGAAUAAUAUACUACGCAUACUCCGACAGUGGAUUCUAUACUCCGUACCACGAAAGAGUGCAACUGGACGGCGACAAAUAUAUUGUGUUCAUUCCCGCGCAUCACUACUGUAUACAAAGAGCGGACGCCACGUGGUGGGGGAAAUUCGGCCUCUUUGGUUUCUGGACGUCGGAGCUAGAUUCCUGUGGCGGUCGCACUCUCGUGGCACGGACUAUAUGUAGGUAUGAGACCAAGUUUAGUGGAUACCGGUGCAACUCGUUUCUACACAUAUUAUAAAAUGUUUCACCUGCAGUUCGAAGACUCGUUUGUGCACGUUUAAAAUCAACAUUUUUAAAUAACAUUUAUUGCAUAUUCUACGUGAACAGUGGCGUUCUCAGAAAUUUUAAACUGGGGGGGGGUUUGUAGAUAAUUUCUAAAAAGUAUGAAGAUGGCUCUCGGUGCACACCCCUCCAAGUCAUGACAUUUGAUAUUUUUAAUAAAUACAAUAUAAAAAAAAAAACCAGACAUACUUUGCAAGUGGGUGCAGCAACUGUUGUAGGUGCGAAGUUGGGAAGGUAGUAGAGGGGAAAUUUAAUGUAUAUUUCAAUAUCUUUAAGCAAUGAUAAACCAUUGCUAACGGAUACUGAGCGGAGUUCAGUUAAUAGUGAUUGCUUUGUCUACAAUAUGUGUCAUGUUAUGGUAAACUAAUUAAAUAGCCAUUAUAUAUACAAAUACAAUACAUACUUAUAUCAUUAUUAUACAUAUAUAUUAUAUUUUGUAGUUAUUAUUUCUCCGAAUUAUUUUCGAAAUUUUUUUUCCCUCUGAAUAGCGGGCACCUCUAAAUAACGGACAAAAUAACGGUGACUGAGAGUGUCCGGUAUUUAGAGGUUCACUGUAUAAGUUUUUAGUUCAAAUUUCAAAUUCAUACAGUCUUUACGAAUAUUUUUAACAGAAUUACAACAAAUAACAAAGUUGAAAAAUAAUAAAAGCAAUAUUUUCGUAAUGUCCCGUUUUUCUUACUUUUUUCUCGCUUACCCUUUUUUUUGAAAAAAAAAAUGCUACGUAAAACAAAAAAUAACCUCUCUAGAGUAUUACCCAGUGAAUAUUUUCUUUCAGUAAAGGUGAUAAUCAGAGUAUGCUUUCUGGUUGAAAAAGUGUUCACAUAAAAAAGAAAAAAAAAAGAAAAAUAGAAAAUAUCUUUGUACAACUAAUACAUUCCUCGUUCCACUCAGAAGCUAAAAGUAAAUUAACUUCUUAGGUAAUUGUUUUAUUCAUUUAAGCGUCGACAAAGUUAUUUUCGGUGUUGCUAUAGUUAAUGGUAAAGUUGCUAGAACUUUUAGUAAAAAUGAAAUAUUUGAAAAAAAAUGUUGAUUACAGUUAGAAUAUGCUUUGAGUAUUUCAGGAGACCGUUCUAAUAUUAAUUUAUCACACCAUUUUCUUUUACAAAGUUUUAACUUGUUUAAAAGUUUAUUCAUAUCUAAAAAUUCUGAAUAUAAUUCGAAAUUACUAGAUCCUAAAUCAGAAUUAGUGAAUUUAUUGGAAAGUAAAAAGUAUAAUGAAGAUAUCAUUUUUUAUGGUUAGUGAAGCGUUCUUUUAAUUGUCUUAUAAAAUCAUCAAAAAAUGGUAUUGCAAUAGUUGUACAAAAAUAUAUUUUUGGAUAAUUAGUAGCAAAAUUUACACGAAUUUUUUAACUAACUAUUAUUUUGAGAAUUUAAAUAUUUCCUUCGUCAUCAAUGAAUUUUAAAAGGAGUUCAGAUUUAUAAGAAUCCAUUAUAACUCAUAAUCAAGGUUCGGGACUUAUAGCACUUGUAAUCAUCAAAAUAAGCGCUGAAAAAAACACUUCAAUACUUCAUUUUUCAAAUUGAGAAAAUCGUUACAAUUUUAAACAAAUAAUUACUAUAGAAAAUAUAUUAUGCCUAUUUUAUUAUUUUAUCAUAAUAUUGCAUAAAUAUUAUAUAUUGUUGACAAAGCACUGAACUGCGCUCAUAAUAUUUUUUUCGUUAACAUUGGUUUAUCGUUGCUUACAGAUGUACAUUAAAUUACCUAUAACAGUGGCUGCACUCGUCUUCAUUAUACUAGGAUGUCUUUUUAACAAUCAUCCUAGAAUUUUAUGAAUUAUAAUGCAAUUUCACGUAUUUUUGUUUUUGUAUUCAUAGGUUUGCAGAAAUUAUUAAAUCGAAUACAAAAAGAAUACGUGCAAAUACAGUUUUAUGGUAAAAAGGACCAAUUUUGCUUAACAAAUUUUCGUCUAUCCAAACCUGUUGUUGAAAAUAGAUGUUGCUAUUUAAAAAAAUGUAAGUUGUAUUGCACAUGCGCACAAUAGAAUGGUUACAAAACUUAUGGUUUUACAAAGAUGUUUAUUUUUUAUACUCUUUUUUUUGUAGACAACUUUUCUACCAGGUAACUUGCUCCAAUUUUUACAUGUAUCAAUUUUUCUGAAAGGAAAUUGGUAUGGAAAGGUACUUCAAAGAGGUCAGGAAAAACGGGAAAAUGUACGAAAUAUAUUAGUACAAUAUUACGAUUUUUUUUUCUGUGGACAACUUUUUUAUCAGUAAUUUUGCUCUAAUUUAUAAUGAAAGCAAUUUUUCUAAAUGGAAAUCCGACUAGGUAGGUGCUUUAGACAUAUAAUUUUUCGAUUUUCUCAAGAUAACUCCGCUCACAAUUAUUUUUUCGUUAGCAAUGAUCAAUCGUUGCAAUCUAAUACACCUACAUUAAAUUACCUAUACAACAGUGGUUGCAUCCGUCCUCGUUAUCCUAGGACGUCUUUUUUAAUUUUUUAUAUUUAAUUGUACUAUAUUACAUAUUACUCUAUAUGGGCUUAUACCUACUAAAAUAAUCAUGACUAAGGUGAAAAUUUGACUUUAGUGUCCUAUUGUGCUUAACUUUUAUAAAUAAUUUUCGUAAGUACCUAUUUUAUGUACUUUGGUUGUAUAUUACUAAUUUACAUACAUUAUAUACGGUACCUUUAUUUAAUAUGUAUACAAUGUAUUUUAAAUACUUAUAAAUUUAAUUUUCAGAUAAGCUUUUUUCAAAUAAAGACUAACAUCAAAUAACAUAUGGAAUCAAAAGAAAAAACGAGCUUAAUUACAAGCCAAAAACAUAAUUCACAUCAUCAUAAAUCGCAUCAUUUGCAUUAUAAAAGUACUAUAAGUCGAGUGGUUAGUAUAUUAUAAAAUGCAGAUUUAUACUGUGUUUCUCAUACACCUAAAUUUUAAAUUACACGAGUAUAUAAUAAGUCAAAAUAUUAUUAUAACUUUAGUAUUAUAAUUUAUACUAUAUAGUUGUUAUUUAUUUCAUAAUAGCUUCUCUGUACGGGGUAUAUGAAUAUAAUGAAUGUAAUUAUAAUGAUAUAAUAGUUUUUUUUUUUUAUGGUAGGGAAUCAAAAUUCAAAAUAUUUAUAUUCAUAAUAAAAUUAAAAAUAGCUUUUUUUCAUAUUUGAUUUAUUUGGGGAUAAAAACCAACUUUAAUUUAUUAACAACGUAGGUAACCAACUAUUGUUUUAUUUUAGCUAUGGCUGGCGUUUGUAGUAACCAUGCCUUGUCUGGCACCCGGUAUGAGUUUUGGAUAUUCUGCUAUUGUCUUAGACCAAUUGAAUUUAUCAUUCGAUGAAAAAUCCUGGUUUGGUAUUUAUCUUAACUACUUAUCAAUAAUAUAAUUGCAUUAUAAUUACAAUACAUAUAAACAGAAUAUAAUAUUUUGUAAAAUUGUUUUAUUUUUGUAAUAUAAUUUUAAAAUCUUGGGAGAGAGUUCAGGCAUUUUGGACAUCUCUCUCCCCCCCAAAAAAUAUUUUCUUUACAUUAUAAAUUAUAUUUUAUUACGGACAAAUAUAAAUAAUAACAUUGUUUCUUGUACAGCCAGUUUACCGUCUACGAUGAUGCCCAUCGGAUGUUUACUGAGCGGACCUUUAAUCGACAAACUGGGGCGUAAAACGGCGUUGAUGGUUACAAACGUCCCGUCCUUCUUGGGAUGGUUGCUAUUAUCAAAGCAACCGGCUGAGCUAUACUGUUUGUACGCUGGUCAACUGUUGGUAGGCAUGUCGGUGGGUUUGUCUACGACACCGGCGACUGUCUACGCGGCCGAGUGCAUCACGGUUAACUACACAGGUCUUCGGGGAUGUUUUACCAUCAUGACUUCGAUUAUGCUCAACUUUGGUAUGUUCCUGACUUAUCUGCUAGGUGCACUUAUGCCAGCGUAUGUGGUCGCAUAUGUGGGAGCCAUUGUGUCGUUCGCCGCACUCAUAUUUAUCGGAGCUUUGAUACCCGAAAGCCCACCCUGGCUGUUCGAACAGGGCCGCCACGGUGAUGCUGAGUUCUCACAGAAAGUUCUUCGCAUCACUCAGCCCAUAUUGCAGACGUCGCGGGAUACCGAAAACAAUCACACCACUACUACACCUCUACGAUCGUCUAGCACGUUUGAGCGGCUCUUCGAGCCGGACGUCUACAAGCCGGUGGUUAUAAUGACCACGUUCCUAUUCUUUCAACAGUUCAGCGGGUCGUUUGUACUGACUACGUAUAUGAUAGAGAUUUUGGGCAGCCUGCACGUUUCGGUGAACAAUUAUUUGGUGACGUUGCUAGCCGGACUUACCAAUAUCCUGGCUAUGAUCCUGUUGUCGGCGCUGUUAACCAAGUCCGGGUUCAAACAGCUGUCAUUCAUAUCGUGCACGGGCUACGCCCUGUCCAUGAUAUCAUUGGCUGUCUUCCUGAUGUUGGGUGUCGUCGACGAAUUUUUGACUAACAUAAUAGUCAUCACGUGCAUCCUGUUCAACAUGGCCAUGAAUGGGCUAGGUUUGAGGCCCAUACCGUACGCCAUGCUUGGCGAAGUAUUUCCUAGUGACAUCGCCGGCGUGGCUGGUUCUAUUGUAGCUUGUAUGUCGUCCGUAUUUAAUUUUAUCGCUAUCAAAAUGUACCCAUACUUUCAGAUAUGGAUUGGUCCCGGCACAUUCAUGUUAUACGGUAUACUUUCACUACUCACGCUCGUAUUUAUCGUUAAAUUUGUACCGGACACCAAAGGGAAAACGAUAAAACAAAUUGGCGACGAAUUUUUAAAAUCAGAUUAUUUUUCGUCGAGUACUUCGGAUUAAUUUUAUUUUAGCAUAUCAUUUGAACCACAUACUAAAUGCAUAUAAUAUAAUAUGUAUAAUGUAUAUAUAUAUGUAAAUUACACUAUGUAAAUACUGUUUAUUUAUUAACUAAAAAUGUAUGAUUGUAAUAAUUAGGAUGUACCAAAUUCGUUACCUAAUAUACUAUGAUAUAGUUA